UCAUGACCACCGUGCCUUGCCUGUCCUGCGGUCGGUACCAAAACUUCCGAAACUCUACCCAGAUCUGUUCUUUGAUCAUUAAGUCCCCGUUCCCGGACUCUUUCCAGGUCUAUCCCCUUUGACUUCACCUCCACGUGAGCAAGGUCUUCCAAUAUGGGUGAAACUGAAGGAUUAUCCAACAAUGAGGCUAAAGAGCUUUGCCUGGAGCCUGAACCUGCAACAAGUCAAUUCAUCAUGCAACAAACAAUGUACAGAAUCAAGGAUCCCCGAAAGUCAUUGCCAUUCUACACUAAAGUGCUCGGUAUGAGAUUACUGCAAAAAUUGGACUUUCCAGACAUGAAAUUCUCACUUUAUUUCAUGGGGUACGAAGCAGCUGAAGACAUCCCUCAAGGCAGGAAGGAGAGCUUAGAAUGGACAUUCUCUAGAAAAGCAACAAUUGAAUUGACACAUAAUUGGGGAAGUGAGGUAGAUCCAGAUAUUACAUACCACAACGGCAAUACUGACCCGAGAGGAUUUGGUCACAUCGGUCUUUGUGUGCCCGAUGUCGAUGCAGCCUGCAAGAGAUUCGAAGAACUAGGAGUUGAAUUUGUAAAGAAGCCACAGGAUGGGAAAAUGAAGGGGAUUGCAUUCAUAAAAGAUCCGGAUGGCUACUGGAUCGAAAUCUUCAGUAAAAAUACAAUUACCAAUGUUAUAAUGACACAUUAAUUGCACAUCGGAUUACUCAGUGCCUUAUUCCUACUACUAAAUCGAUACCAAAUUAAUGAAUUGAUUUAUUAUUACAUUUUUCUUAUCGAUUAUCAGAAUCUUAAUAAAUAAACGUAAACAAUGCAAUAUAAAUGAA